UCAACAUCCUGACUCUGAUGAGUCUUUUAACUGCAAACUCACAUGCUCAGCUGGAUGUAUGUGGGACCAGUCCAGUGAGAACGAGAAUUGUUGGAGGUGAAGACGCUCAAGAAGGAAGUUGGCCUUGGCAGGCCAGUCUGCAGUUUUUUGGAAGCCAUAGUUGUGGUGGUUCUCUCAUAAACAAAGAGUGGGUGAUGUCGGCUGCCCACUGCUUCUUCAGCACAAGUACCUCUGGAUGGUCAAUUUCUCUUGGUCUUCAGAACCUGGAGGGCAUCAACCCUAACGAAGUGUCCAGAACUGUUGACACAAUCAUUUUGCAUCCAGACUUUAACAUUGAUACCUUUGACAACGACAUCGCUCUGCUUAAACUUACCACACCGGUCACGUUCACAGACUACAUCAGACCUGUGUGUCUGGCAGCCAGUAGCAGUAACUUCAUCAGUGGUACUGAUAGCUGGGUCACUGGUUGGGGAGCAGUCCAGGAGGGAGUGUUACUCCCCUUCCCUCAAACUCUACAAGAAGUGGAGGUUCCAGUUGUGGGAAACAGACAGUGUAACUGCCAGUAUGGUGUAGGUUCUAUUACAGACAACAUGAUCUGUGCUGGUUUACUUGAAGGAGGAAAAGAUGCGUGUCAGGGCGACUCAGGAGGUCCAAUGAUGAGCGAGCAGAAUUUAAUCUGGAUCCAGUCUGGAAUUGUCAGUUUUGGUAUUGGCUGUGCCAGACCUGAUCUGCCGGGAGUUUAUACCAGAGUGUCCCGCUAUAAGUCCUGGAUCAACUCACACAUCAGUUCUGAUCAGCCAGGCUUUGUCCAGUUCAGCUCCGAUGGGCUGGAUACUGACAGCAGCUUCACAUGCCCUAGUCCUCCUCUUCCUGUUAUUCCUCCUGAAGACUCAUCUACAACCUCAGUAUGUGGGACCACUCCAGUGAGAACGAGGAUUGUUGGAGGUGAAGAUGCUCAAGAAGGAAGUUGGCCUUGGCAGGCCAGUCUGCAGUUUUUUGGCAGCCAUGUUUGUGGUGGUUCUCUCAUAAACAAAGAGUGGGUGAUGUCUGCUGCCCACUGCAUCUUCAGCACCAAUACCUCUGAAUGGUCAGUUUCUCUUGGUCGUCAGAACCUGGAGGGCAUCAACCCUAACGAAGUGUCCAGAACUGUUGACACAAUAAUUUUGCAUCCAGACUAUGACAGUUCUACCUUGGACAACGACAUCACUCUGCUUAGACUUUCCUCACCGGUCACAUUCACAGACUACAUCAGACCUGUGUGUCUGGCAGCCAGUAGCAGUAACUUCAUCAGUGGUACUGAUAGCUGGGUCACUGGUUGGGGAAGAAUCCAGGAGGGAGGUAUUGUACUUUACUAAUAAAGUAAUAUAAUGUUACUCCCCUUCCCUCAAACGCUACAAGAAGUGGAGGUUCCAGUUGUGGGAAACAGACAGUGUAACUGCCAGUAUGGUGUAGGUUCUAUUACAGACAACAUGAUCUGUGCUGGUUUACUUGAAGGAGGAAAAGAUGCGUGUCAGGGCGACUCAGGAGGUCCAAUGAUGAGCGAGCAGAAUUUAAUCUGGAUCCAGUCUGGAAUUGUCAGUUUUGGUAUUGGCUGUGCCAGACCUGAUCUGCCGGGAGGUUAUACCAGAGUGUCCCGCUACCAGUCCUGGAUCAACUCACACAUCAGUUCUGAUCAGCCAGGCUUUGUCCAGUUCAGCUCUGAUGGGCUGGAUACUGACAGCAGCUUCACAUGCCCUGGUCUUCCUCUUCCUGUUAUUCCUCCUGAAGACUCAUCUACAACCUCAGUAUGUGGGACCACUCCAGUGAGAACGAGGAUUGUUGGAGGUGAAGAUGCUCAAGAAGGAAGUUGGCCUUGGCAGGCCAGUCUGCAGUUUUUUGGCAGCCAUGUUUGUGGUGGUUCUCUCAUAAACAAAGAGUGGGUGAUGUCUGCUGCCCACUGCAUCUUCAGCACCAAUACCUCUGAAUGGUCAGUUUCUCUUGGUCGUCAGAACCUGCAGGGCAACAACCCAAACGAAGUGUCCAGAACUGUUGACACAAUCAUUUUGCAUCCGGACUAUGACAGUUCUACCUUGGACAACGACAUCACUCUGCUUAGACUUUCCUCACCGGUCACAUUCACAGACUACAUCAGACCUGUGUGUCUGGCAGCCAGUAGCAGUAACUUAAUCAGUGGUACUGAUAGCUGGGUCACUGGUUGGGGAGCAGUCCAGGAGGGAGUGUUACUCCCCUUCCCUCAAGCUCUACAAGAAGUGGAGGUUCCAGUUGUGGGAAACAGACAGUGUAACUGCCAGUAUGGUGUAGGUUCUAUUACAGACAACAUGAUCUGUGCUGGUUUACUUGAAGGAGGAAAAGAUGCGUGUCAGGGCGACUCAGGAGGUCCAAUGAUGAGCGAGCAGAAUUUAAUCUGGAUCCAGUCUGGAAUUGUCAGUUUUGGUAUUGGCUGUGCCAGACCUGAUCUGCCGGGAGGUUAUACCAGAGUGUCCCGCUACCAGUCCUGGAUCAACUCACACAUCAGUUCUGAUCAGCCAGGCUUUGUCCAGUUCAGCUCUGAUGGGCUGGAUACUGACAGCAGCUUCACAUGCCCUGGUCUUCCUCUUCCUGUUAUUCCUCCUGAAGACUCAUCUACAACCUCAGUAUGUGGGACCACUCCAGUGAGAACGAGGAUUGUUGGAGGUGAAGAUGCUCAAGAAGGAAGUUGGCCUUGGCAGGCCAGUCUGCAGUUUCUUGGCAGCCAUGUUUGUGGUGGUUCUCUCAUAAACAAAGAGUGGGUGAUGUCUGCUGCCCACUGCAUCUUCAGCACCAAUACCUCUGAAUGGUCAGUUUCUCUUGGUCGUCAGAACCUGCAGGGCAACAACCCAAACGAAGUGUCCAGAACUGUUGACACAAUCAUUUUGCAUCCGGACUAUGACAGUUCUACCUUGGACAACGACAUCACUCUGCUUAGACUUUCCUCACCGGUCACAUUCACAGACUACAUCAGACCUGUGUGUCUGGCAGCCAGUAGCAGUAACUUCAUCAGUGGUACUGAUAGCUGGGUCACUGGUUGGGGAGCAGUCCAGGAGGGAGUGUUACUCCCCUUCCCUCAAACGCUACAAGAAGUGGAGGUUCCAGUUGUGGGAAACAGACAGUGUAACUGCCAGUAUGGUGUAGGUUCUAUUACAGACAACAUGAUCUGUGCUGGUUUACUUGAAGGAGGAAAAGAUGCGUGUCAGGGCGACUCAGGAGGUCCAAUGAUGAGCGAGCAGAAUUUAAUCUGGAUCCAGUCUGGAAUUGUCAGUUUUGGUAUUGGCUGUGCCAGACCUGAUCUGCCGGGAGGUUAUACCAGAGUGUCCCGCUACCAGUCCUGGAUCAACUCACACAUCAGUUCUGAUCAGCCAGGCUUUGUCCAGUUCAGCUCUGAUGGGCUGGAUACUGACAGCAGCUUCACAUGCCCUGGUCUUCCUCUUCCUGUUAUUCCUCCUGAAGGCUCAUCUACGACCUCAGGUUCUGGUUUCUCAAGCGGUGAAGGUUCAUCCCCUGAGUAACAUUCCAUUUAUUUAUUACAUUGCUUGUGUAAACAAUAUAAUUACAGCAGGAGUCUUAACUGAUUUGCACGACGAUAAAGUGUUCUUCAAGUGUCACAGUUUACCUAAGGCCCAUGGUAUAGCAUGAAAUGAUACAUCCUGAAAGAACUUGCAUUUCCCCUGCAAGAGAUCUUACAGUGCAGUGUUUUCUUCACCCUUUGGGCUUGGUAACACCGUUAUUCCUUCUUGUAGGUAGUUCUCCAAAAAAAUUGGUGCAUGAGUAUCAGGUAUUUUGGUAUAUUUCAUGAAUCUUGACUUUGGAAACUUGUGUAUUCAGCAAAGAGGAACUGUGCUGCUUGAUGGACAUUGGAUUGUAUUUUUGUUAUUAAAGAUAAGGCCAGGGAAGAAUUUGGAUUACAUUUAAAUUUGCUUCAUUUUCCAAAAAACAUUCAAACAAUUUAAAAAUAAAUGUAAAGAUAAUACAAAAAGGUACCUGGACCAGAACAGGGUUCUAAAAAAAGAACAAUCACAACUUAAAAUUCCAGUCUAAAAUUGAGAUAUUUAUG